AGACCCAUCAUGAAUGAAGGUCAUCUAAGGUCAAAAGUGACGUUAAACAGCUACGCCGAAAAAUGAGCUCACAAGAUUUCAAACAGAUGGAGGAGAAAACAGGGGACAGCGGUCAAGUUCCAGGCAGAAAACCAAUAGAACAACAAGACAAUUCAGUGGUUGCAUGCGCAGAUGCGGACAGCGGUCAAGUUCAAGGCAGAAAACCAAUAGAACAACAAGACAAUGCAGUGGUAGCAUGGGGAGGGGACAGCGGUCAAGUUCCAGGCAGAAAACCAAUAGAACAACAAGACAAUUCAGUGGUAGCAUGCGAAGAUGCGGACAGCGAUCAAGUUCAAGGCAGAAAACCAAUAGAACAACAAGACAAUGCAGUGGUAGCAUGGGGAGGGGACAGCGGUCAAGUUCAAGGCAGAAAACAAAUAGUACAACAAGACAAUGCAGUGGUAGCACGGGCAGAUGACUUAAGAAUACUCCUGGUAGGACACACCGGACAUGGGAAGAGUUCAACUGGAAACACACUUCUUGGAAGGGAAGCCUUCAAACAUGGAUCGUUGCAUAUGUCGGUUACUAAAACUGCUCAUAGAGAGGUGGGAUAUCGUUUUGGCAGGAAAGUUGAAAUAGUAGACACACCUGGAUUUUUUGACACAAGAUAUGAUGACCGUUUUGUACACAGUGAACUAGUGAAAUGUGUUACCUUAACUAUUCCUGGGUUUAACGCCAUUUGCUUUGUAAUGUCACCAGUUAAAUUUACUGAUCCAAUAGUCACGGCAGUGAACAUGUUCUUUGAAUUCUUUGGUGACGGAGUUGAUGAAUUUGCAUUUGUAAUCUUAACACACGCUGAUGACAUUGAAUCCAAAAAUAAUUAUUUAGGGGAAAAUUCUGCAAAAUGGCACCCAACAUUAACUAAACUGAUUAUGCGAUGUAAGAACAAGCUCCUCUUAAUUGACAAUGGUAAACGGAUUACAGACAGUGAAAAAGAAGAAAUGGCUCAGACAAUCUUUGCAGCAAUUGAUGCAAAUUGCAAAUUGCAAAUUGCAAAUUCAAACACCAAACGUGAGCCAUAUUUCACAAAUCCAAUGAUAAAUUGUAUAGACAUGUUUGCUUAUAAUUGGUAUUUGAUGGAGAAAUCAACAGCUCCAAGUACACCUCAUGAAAGAUACAAAUCAACAGCUCCAAGUACACCUCAUGAAACAUAUGAAGGUGAAAAAUGUGUAUUAAGAUUAAAAAUGGAUGCCCUUUUCAAAGAUCUUUUUGAGAGAUGGGAACAUUCAUUCAAGGCAUCAACAAAUGACGAACAUCAAACAAAAUUAACACUUACAGGAAAGGAGCCAUUAUUAAGCUUACCAAGUACUUCAGCAACUAAUGAAAACCGAAUUUGUACACGUGAAGGCCAUGAUGGUACAUUUCUGCCUUCUUACCAAGACCAAUCUUCUGUUUCAAAAACACAACAGAAUCAAAACUAUGGGGAAGAAUUCAAUCAAAUAAUAAAAUACGAAUCAUUUUUGACUUCUGGUAAUGAAGAUCCAUUGAAACAAAAUGUAAAUGAUGAAUUUAAAGCUAGAUAUGCAGACGAAUUCAAAACAAAAUGUGAGAAUGAAUCGAAUGAAUCAUUUCUGGAUAAAAUUGUUGGUGUUGUUAAAUCCGCAUUUGCUAAAACUUUUACAAAGGUUUCCAGAUGGUUUAGCAGUUGGUUUAAAUAAUCCAAUACUACAGCCUUAGAAUCCUCAUCAGCUAUGAAUGCCUGGCCGAUUAUCUGUUUAUUGUUAUUUUUAGUGGUGUGAAAAGGGAUAUGGUAUUUUUAGGUUUUGUUACUUUGUUAACUGAUUAUGUGACUGAUGUUUUAUCAUUAUUUUAUAUGCUCCCCGAAAAUAUUUUCGGUGGAGCAUAUAGUUGCCAGUUUGUAGUUCCUUGCUUCCUUGCUUCCUUGCUUCCUUGCUUCCUUGCUUCCUUGCUUCCUUCCUUCCUUCCUUCCUUCCUUCCUUCCUUCCUUCCUUCCUUCCUUCCUUCCUUCCUUCCUUCCUUCCUUCCUUCCUUCCUUCCUUCCUUCCUUCCUUCCUUCCUUCCUUCCUUCCUUCCUUCCUUCCUUCCUUCCUUCCUUCCUUCCUUCCUUCCUUCCUUCCUUCCUUCCUUCCUUCCUUCCGUCACACUUUUGCUACCGUUUCUCAUAGCGCCUUCAAUACUUUACCAAUCGCUUUCAUAUUUGGCAUGUAGGUACCUUACAUGGACAUCUACCUUUUGAUGAGGUUUGAGGUCACUGGGGUCAAUGUCAAGGUCAAAGGCUAAUAAUAGACUUCCUUUCGUCACACUGUUGCUACCGUUUCUCAUAGUGCCUUCAAAACUUUACCAAUGGCUUUCAUAUUUGGCAUGUAGGUACCUUGCAUGGACCUCUAUCUUUUCAUGAGGUUUGAGGUCACUGGGGUCAAGGUCAAGGUCACCGAGGCUAAUAAUAGACUUCCUUCCGUCACACUUUUGCUACCGUUUCUCAUAGCGCCUUCAAUACUUUACCAAUGGCUUUCAUAUUUGGCAUGUAGGUACCUUGCAUGGCCCUUUACCUUUUGAUGAGGUUUGAGGUCAAUGGGGUCAAGGUCAAGGUCACCGAGGCUAAUAAUAGAUUUUUCCGUCACACUAUUGUUACUGUUUCUCAUAGCACCUUUAAUACUUUACCGAUCUCUUUCAUAUUUGGCAUGUAGGUACCUUGCAUGGACCUUUACCCUUUGAUGAGGUUUGAAGUCACUGGGGUCAAGGUCAAGGUCACCGAGGCUAAUAAUAGAGUUUUCGUCUUACUUUUGUUACAGUUCUCAUAGCACCUUCAAUUCUUUUACGAUCUCUUUCACAUUUGCCAUGUAGGAACCUUGCACGGACCUCUACCUUAUGAUAAGGUUUGAGGUCACUGGGGUCAAGGUCGCCGAGGCUAAUUAUAGGUUCACACUUUUGUUACAGUUUCUCAUAGCACCUUCAAUUUUUUACCGACUCUCUUUCAUAUUUGCCACGUAGGUACCUUGCAUGGACCCCUACCUUUUGAUGAGGUUUGAGGUCACUGUGGUCAAGGUCAAGGUCACCGAGGCUAAUAAUAGAUUUUUUUAGGUGGUUAUUAACAAAUAGAUUGACAAAGCGCAUCAUUGGGGAGCAUCCAUCAGUUUCACUGAUAUUC